UCCCGUCGUCCCGCGUGGAGACCGCUGCCGCCAUCGACACCCCGUCCUCCUGCAUCUAGGGCGACCGCCGCCAUCGACUCCACGCCAUCCUGCAUCAUGGGCGGCCGCCGCCACCAGCGGAUCGGCCCGGUCCUGCAUCGCCGGCACCAGACAUGGAUGGUCAAGGCCCUGGCGACGAGGAGAGUGAAGAGUAUCUCCUCGUGGUUAGCAAGACCUUCAGAAAUGAGGAUGAAGGAUAUGAGUUCUAUAAUGAGUACGCAAAGGUCAAAGGGUUCAGUAUUAGGAAGGAGGAGGUGAAAUACUUGCCUGGCACACACACUCGGUUCAGGCGGCUUUACACAUGCUUUAAAGAAGGAUACCUUACAUUGGUGAACUUCGAAAAGCCUGAACCAAAAAGAACUCCAAAGGCUCUUACUCGUUGUGGAUGCCGAGCUCGUUUAGAGAUUGAGCUGAGUGCGGCUACCGGGGAAUGGUUCGUGAAGAAUUUUGUGGACAAGCAUAACCAUCCACUCGCUAAGGAAGGCCAGUCUGCUUACCUGUUCUCUCACCGCCGGAUGACAGACGACCAGAAGGCCGAUGUAGUUGGGUAUGGGAUUGGUGGCCUCCGCACACACAAGAUAAUGGACGUAAUGGAACAUCAGGCCGGUGGUCCCGACAAGGUUGGGUUUAUAUCCCGAGAUUUGUAUAACUUUGUUGCGGAGUACAAGAAGAAAAAGAUUGAAGAUGCACAGUCUCGGUUGGACUACGAUGCAUUUAGCGGAGUUCUAAUCUUUGACAGCACGUACCGUGUGAACCGUUAUAACCUGCCAUUUGUUCCGUUCGUUGGAGUGAACCACCAUCGCAGCACGACUGUGUUUGCUUGUGCGGUCUUAUCAGAUGAGACCACAAGCUCAUAUGUAUGGCUGCUCGAGACAUUUCUCAUGGCGAUACGCCAGAAACAUCCUAGAUCACUGAUCACUGAUGGGGACUAUGCAAUGGCUAGAGCAAUCUUCGUUGUAAUGCCCGAUGCAUUUCAUCGGUUGUGCAGCUGGCACAUAGAACAAAACAUGAUAAAGCACCUUCGCAAGGAAAAGCUGAAAGACUUCAGGCAAUUCAUUUACAUGAGGAUGGAAGUUGAUGAGUUUGAGAGGAGAUGGGCCGAGUAUAAGCAGAAGCACGGGGUUAGCGAAAAGGACUCAUGGUUUAAUAGGAUGUAUGAUCUGAGAGAGAAAUGGUCCGCGGCGUACACAAAAGGUGGGUACUUUCUGCGAAUGAGGAGCAACCAGAGGAGUGAAAGUCUCAACUCUGGGCUCCAUAACCAUCUUGACAGGCAUAUGUCGAUGGUCGAUUUGCUCGAGCACUCUCAGUAUUACAAGUCACGUAUCCAUACGAAUGAAGAGGAGCUGGAUGCCAAAGCUUCGCAGUCAGUACCUUUCACUAAAAUAUCCGAUCACCCACUGUUGAAAAGUAGUGCUGCCCGUAUUUAUACUCCGGUAAUGUUCAAGAUAGUAAAGGAGCAGAUCAUGAAAUCUGAUGAAUGGAAGAUUGGUGAGGUGACCCAGCAAGAUGCUUUUGGUUUUAGUUGUAUUGUAGUCAGUAAAUGGGGCAAUCAUGAUGUGACGUGUGUUUUUCGGCGAUACCUUGAUGGAGAGCGUGUGCUGCCACUGUCGGAAGAUGCAGCGUGAGGAAAUCCACUGUGCACACGUAUUUCGUGUUCUGAAACACCUAGGCUUCCGCGAUAUACCUCACUGUUGUAUUGCCGUCAGAUGGACAAUGCAAACUAAAGCUGGUUUGGAACCCGAGGGCAAUAACAGUAGACAUGUUUGGUCUGAACAGAUGGAUCGGUACCGGCGAACUCCGAAACAAGGCGAAUACAUUUCUAUUCAAAGCUUCAUUGAGCAUCCAGGAAUCACAGAGUGAUGGGAUUUUUUAACACUAUUUCGUUGGAUGACGACGAGAAUGACGAGAAUGCUGAGGCUGGCGAGAAUGAUGUCAAUACUGCUUCCAGAACAUUUGGUCCGUUGCCUGCAUAUUUUUCAGGGGCAAACCAAGCUUUUACUGGGAAAGUUCUCGAUCCAAUUCCGAUAAAGCCAAAAGGUGCUCCAUCUAAGAAGAGGCCUAAGGCGUUCCAUGAGAGAUUCAGACCCGCGGACUAAGGUGGUAUGUGAUUUGAAGCAAAAGGUGCUGCUGUGUCGUCUUCCGAAGCUAACAGGUGGAUUUCUGAAUGAUAUGGUACCGUUAUGGAUUAUAUUUUCGUAUUACCGAUCUACAUUGAUUUUCUCAGAAAGAUAUA